AUGCCCAGUCCAACCAAGAAACGGAAGCUCAAUAACGGCACCAAAUCAACGGCACCGGCUAGAGGUCUUGAGUAUUUCUUUUCAAAGCAAAAACAAAAUGGAGCAGAGUCUAGCAAGAAGCCGAAGCUAGAAGAAUAUAAUGGUGCAUCAAGUGAUGUGCCGGCGGAAAUGACCGAUGAGGAAUUGGCUAGGAAGCUCCAGGCUGAAUGGAAUCAAGAGGUUGCCAAUACUCCGCACGCCGCGCUCCAGGAACAAACUCUACAACUUCCGAAUAAGCACAAUGUGUCAAUAUCCCGAGAUGAAAGCCCAAGUCCAACAUCGACCAAAUCUAAACCAUCCAUUUCUCUCCCAACGGCUUUGAACAAGCCCAGUACGGAUAACAAGGCAAAGCCCACACUUGGCCUUCAAGCUGCGGGUAUGGCUGAGGAUACAACAACGACUUCGAUACCUUUUGACGAGUCGCCUCUGACGUUCGACCCAGCCGAAUAUGUGGAUAAAUUGAAGGAACAUUGGGCCUCUGAAGGAGGCAAUGCAUCAUAUGCAUUGCUCACUCGCUGCUUCAUUCUUAUCAACGGUACCACAAGUCGAAUCAAAAUCGUAGACACACUUGUGAACUGUUUAAGAGUUCUUAUCGAGGGUGACCCGGCAAGUCUCUUACCAGCAGUCUGGUUAGCAACCAAUGCCAUCUCGCCUCCCUAUGUCUCAAUGGAACUAGGGUUGGGUGGUUCAGCGAUAUCCAAAGCGUUGCGGAACGCCUGCGGGCUUGAUAACCGGGCUCUGAAAGCUAUUUAUGAUAAAUACGGUGAUGCUGGAGAUGUAGCCUUCGAGGUCAAGAAGAAACAAAGCUUCACACUCAGGAAACCAAAGCCCCUAACAAUCAAGUCUGUUUACGAGUCUUUGGUAAAGAUUGCCAGUAGUCAAGGACAGGGCAGUGCAGAUACCAAGCAGAGAAUAGUCGAUCGUCUUCUUCAAGACGCCCGUGGUGGAGAGGAGAGCAGAUUUGUUGUGCGAACUCUUUGUCAACAUCUUCGUAUCGGUGCUGUCAAGACAACAAUGCUGAUCGCAUUAUCACGAGCCUUCUUACUCUCGCGUCCAACAGGGUCCGAUUUUUCUCUAAAGUCGGUGACCGAUCUAGCCAAACUCAAGAAAGAAGAUCUGGCCGAAGUUUGGGGUCGGGCUGAGGAAAUAGUCAAGGCUUGCUUUGCAAGACGUCCAAACUAUAACGAUCUUGUCCCAGUACUUCUUGAGAUUGGUAUUUCCGAGGAACUACUAAUACGAUGCGGCCUUACUCUCCAUAUUCCUCUACGUCCAAUGCUUGGGAGCAUUACGAGGGACCUAUCUGAGAUGCUCACAAAACUACAGGGAAGAGACUUUGCCUGCGAAUUCAAAUACGAUGGCCAGAGAGCCCAAAUACACUGUGACGAGAAUGGAAAAGUCAGCAUCUUCUCUCGGCAUUUGGAAGUCAUGACAGAUAAAUAUCCCGACUUGGUCGAGUUGAUUCCGAAGAUACGUGGAGAGGGUGUUGAUAGUUUCAUCAUGGAAGGUGAAGUUGUGGCCGUUGACCGCGAAACUGGAGAACUCAAAAAUUUCCAGACACUCACAAAUCGAGCGAGGAAAGAUGUUGACAUCGGAGCUAUUACGGUGGAUGUCUGCAUGUUCUCGUUCGAUUUGAUGUACCUAAACGGACAGCCACUGCUGGAUCGGCCGUUUCGAGAGAGGCGGGAACUUAUACGAUCGCUAUUCAAAGAGAUACCACACCAUUUUACCUGGGUCAAGAGCCUUGAUGCUACUUCUGCAGAUUCGGAGUCUGUUCUUGAAUUCUUCAAAGCUGCCACAGAUAUCAAGUGCGAAGGGAUCAUGGUGAAGAUCCUUGACAAUUUACCUUCAGUGCCGUAUUUAGGAGACGGAGAAGAAGAGGGACCAGAAGCAUCUGACAGAACAUUGACACCAAGAUCAAAGUCGAAAGGAAAAGGGAAGUCGAGGGGCAAGAAAGAUGAAAAUGGAGAGAAGGUGAAAACAAGACGCAAACCCUUACUGGCGACGUAUGAGCCAGAUAAGCGACUUGACUCUUGGCUCAAGGUCAAGAAAGACUACAACUCAAGUUUUGACACACUUGAUCUCAUACCUGUCGCUGCCUGGCACGGACAGGGACGCAAGGCGAAAUGGUGGUCGCCUAUGCUUAUGGCUUGUCGCAAUGAGGAGACAGGAUCUUUGGAAGCUGUGUGUAAGUGCAUGUCUGGGUUCACGGAUAGCUUCUACAAGGCCAACCGGCAAUUCUAUGACGAUGGCGAAGAGAGUGGCGAGCCCAAGAAUACGAGAACUACCCAGCCCAGUUUUGUGGAAUAUUCGGGUCCAAGACCCGAUAUCUGGUUCGAGCCACAGGAAGUGUGGGAAAUGGCGUUUGCGGAUAUUACGCUGAGUCCAACCUACACUGCUGCGAUUGGGCUUGUGAGUGAAGAAAGAGGGUUGAGUCUGAGGUUCCCAAGAUUUAUGAAGAAAAGAGAGGAUAAGAGUCUUGAAGAGGCCAGCACAAACGAUUUUUUGGCUGGUCUUUGGCACAAGCAAGAAGCCAAGGCUGCUUCGAAGAAAGAGAACAACGACGGGGCAAAGGCACAAGGAGAAGACGUAGAAGAAGCCGAUGAUUAG